AUGAUCACUCCCAAGUUUUCGUGUUCGCAGACCGAUGACUCUCUCAUCACCUCAAUAUACUGCCCUUCAGUCCGUGCCGCCGACGUGGAAAUCAAUGUCGACGAUACUGUGUUGAUUGUCCACAUCAAUCCGUAUUUCCUACGCCUCAACUUCCCUUAUCCUGUGGAAGAGGAUGACAACUCGUCCGCGCAGUACGACCCGAGCUCCGGUUACCUUACAAUUACCCUCACCAAAAGCGUGAAAGGACAACAUUUCCCGGACUUGGAUUUGUUAGCGACUCUCCUUGCACCACGUCCCUCGCGCCCUCACACAAGACCAUCCAUCGAGGUUCUGGAUCCAUCGACAGACGACGCAAUCACAGACAUUUCCAAGCGUGCAGAUGCACUUUCUCUGGACGACGAGUUCGCGCAAGCUGCGAAGAAUGGAUGGCAGCUGCCCCAGGCUCUACCUGACCCUGCAUCAGGAUUCCACACAUCUUCAAAGCGCUACUAUGGCUUUUUGGAUGCGUUUACGGGCUAUUUCGCCCAUGUUAACCAUACGGAGAACGAGAUUAAUGAACUGGGUGAUGAUGCGGAGGCUUGCAAUGCCGAAGAACGGCGGGCUAGGCGAAUAGCCCAUGAAAACGAAAAGUGGAACGAAGAACAUUACAUGGCGGAUUAUACCGAAGAUGAAUACAUCCAAGAGUUGAUCAAUUGGCAUGAUCCAGAUCUGACAAGUACCGCCGAGGUCGUCCUUACAGAAGACGAGAACAUGGCCAUUCUCCGUUUGCCAAGGAAAGAGUACAUAAUGAACACUUUUCAAGAACGCAAUCUAUAUCUAACACUGAAUUACCCUUAUCGGACCACGUUGAACGACCCCACUACGGAGAGCGCGUGGACGAUCUGCAAUCUUAUCGCCGCCUUUUCAGCACUCGAUCCUCCUCCGUAUUCGCCUGGGGAACUUACAGGCGGCGUUGUACUUGACUUUACUGACGCGGAGCUUACAUCGACAUUAGUAUCGACUUACAGACGCUCUCUCGCCUUUCCCCUUUAUCGCUCCUUCCAGCUUGCGGAGCGGUGUCGAACGGAUGUCGCUGCUACUCUUCGCAGGGGAAAGCGAUUGAUAACAAGAUAUCUGCUUAGAGUCAAGGACAUUUUGGAUCAUCACGACGUCUACUAUAUUUAUAGUAAAAUAUGGGUGGAGGAUUUUUGUGUAUGGAUCCAGGGAGGCGCAAGCGACGUUGUCUUGACACGGAUCGGAGAAAAACUGGAUGCGCUGAAAGUACCCAAGUCUGCCGUUGGGUGGGAUCUGGAGGAGCUUGAAGAGGCUACACGACUUGCAGUCAAUAGAGACAGCGACAGCGAUGACGAGUCCAUCGAAUGA